GUAUAAAGGGGGCGCGGGCGCCGGGGCGUUCCGCAGGCCAAGUGCGCGGUGCUGGAAGGAGCCGGCCGGGCCUGGGCGAGCGAGCGAGCGAGCGAGCGAGCAUCGAGGGGGCGCGGUUGCCACUCGGACGGGGCGAGCGAGGAGCCAGAGCGAGACGCAGGAGCCGUCCACACUCGACAGCCAGCACAGCAGCGAUGGAGCGCCUGGUGGCCCGAGGGACCUACCCCGCGCUGGCACGCAGCAGCGCCUGCCGCAGCCUCUUCGGGCCGGUGGACCACGAGGAGCUGGGCCGCGAGCUGCGGAUGCGCCUGGCCGAGCUGAGCGCCGAGGACCAGAACCGCUGGGACUUCGACUUCCAGCAGGACGUGCCGCUGCGGGGCCCCGGGCGCCUGCAGUGGACCGAGGUGGACAGCGAGUCGGUGCCCGCCUUCUACCGCGAGACCAUGCAGGUGGGGCGCUGUCGCCUGCUGCUGCCGACCCGGCCCGCCCCCCCGGUCGCCGUGGCUGUCAUCCCGCCCCCGCAGCCGCCUGCCGCCGAGCCCCUCGACGGCCUGGAGGGGGCGCCGGAGCACCCGCCCCCGGCACCGGUCCCGGUCCGGGCGGCCACUCCGCCCCCGGCACCGGUCCGGGCGGCCACCCCGCCCCCGGCACCGGCCCCGGUCCGGGCGGCCACUCCGCCCCCGGCUCCGGCCCCGGUCCGGGCGGCCACCCCGCCCCCGGCCCCGGCUCCGGCCCCGGCUCCGGCUCCGGCUCCGGCUCCGGCCCCGGCCCCGGCCCCAGCCCCAGCCGCGGCGCCGGCCGCCGUCUCGGACCCGGCCCCGGCCCCGGCCCCGGACGCGGACGCGGAUGCGGACGCGGCGCCCCAGGACGGCGCCGAGCAGGGCGCGAGCCAGGAGCCCCUCGCGGAGCAGCUGAACUCGGGGACUUCCGGACGCCCCGCGGCCGGCCCCGCUACUGCGGGCGCCAACGGCGCGGCCACCAAGAAGCUGUCCGGGCCUCUCAUCUCCGACUUCUUCGCCAAGCGCAAGCGGUCAGCGCCCGAGAGCAAGGCGUCCGGCGACGGCCCCGCGGGCUGCCCCGCUGCCAGCGCCGCCCCCGGCGUGGGCGCGGCCGAGCAGACCCCGCGCAAGCGCCUGAGAUGAGCGAGCUCGAAGCCCGCGGAGCCCCGAGGGACUCGCCGGGGGAGCGCGGGGCCCGGGCUGGGACCGUACGUGUAGCAGCGAGCGGCGGCCACUUUGCAUCCCCACCUGGAACCGCAGUGCCCGGGUGGCCGGCGCGUCGUGCGCAAGGAGUACACUGGUCCCAAGCUGUGAGAGCUUUAAGAGUCAUUUAUAAGAAAUGUUUAACCUCUGCUGAGACUCCGUGCAUUACAAAAAAAUAGAAAAUGAAAAAAAAAAUGGAAAAAUAGAAAAAAACCCAUGUAUAUUUGUACAAAAAGAUUAAAAAAAAAUUAUACUAACUUAUAUUUUCUAUUUAUGUCCUGGCGUGGGCCGCUCUGCCACGCCACCGCUGGUUCAUUGGUUAUGCCAAAGGCGCUCCGUCUCACUCGUAUCCGGUUAUUGACAAAUAUAAAUUUAUUUUUGUAGUGGGCUCUGGGGAGGGGAUCGCUCACGCCGCAGCCGCCGUACAGCCCAUCUAGCUAGCUUGCAGAAUCUUUGCGCUGUCGCUGUCUCGCUCUCUCUUUUUUUAUUACUAUUGUUGGUAUCUUGAACUUGAAGAAGACAAAUCGUUUUUUUUUUUUUUAAAUAAUAAUGAUCUGGUUCCUGAGCCGCCUGUACCACUGCCCGGCCCCUCGUCCGCCGGGUUCUAAUAAAGAGGCCGAAAU